AUGGUGGAUAGAUCCACUAAGAAGCCCUAUGGUGUGGUGGAGGAUGUUAUGAUUCGGAUAGACAACCUUAGAUUCCUGGUGGAUUUUGUGGUGAUGGAGAUGGGAGAAAUUUGGAGAUCCCUAUUAUUCUUGGAAGUACUCAAAGACCAAGAAGAGGAGGUGAUGUUUAACGUCUUCAAUGCUGAGCAACAGAUCCAGGUGGAGAAGACUAAGCUCAAAGCUGCAUAUGAAGAUGCACCAGGGACUAGUACAAAAGCUGCUAAGCCAGGCAAGAAAGCUUCAACUAUGGAAGAGGACGCUGAGGAUGAAGAUGAGAAUGAAGAAGAAGCUGAAGAUGAAGAGGACUCUAAUGAUUAUGAUUGA